AUGUUGGUCGAUUCGGGAGCCGAAAUUAGCGCAAUAUCCACCGAACACGAAAAGGCAAUACUAAUAUUAGACAAUUCAACUCCAAUACUUCCACUAUCGGGCAUGACUAUUCACAAUGCGACCGGAGACAAAUCAAUAAAGGUCAACAGACAACUGUUAAUUCCCCUAUCGAUCGAAAAAACAGUAAUACAAACCCCAUUCAUCGUGGUUCCGACGUUAAAUGAGGGAGGAAUUUUGGGCAACGACUUCCUCGAAACACACAAGGCAAUAAUAGACUUCGGAGAAAAAACGGUAACAAUUACUGUUGAACAAAACGAACUAAAGAUCCCAUUCAUCAAUAAAAGGAACGGUGCACCAAUGCACCUAAAAACGGUACAAACGGGAAUAUCGAAAGAACCUAUUCACCCAAGAAGAAUCAACAUACACUCACAUUUGGAACAAAAAUAUUUGGACAAAAUUUUAAAAAAAUUCUCAACUGUGUUCAGGAGUGAACCUGGGAAAAUUAAGAAUUACCAAUGUAAAAUAAAAUUAAAAAACGACACUCCAAUUUGUGUGAAACCAUACCCAAAACCCAUUGUCAAAACAAAAGCAGAAAAAAGGGAAAAUAAGAAAAGAAAUCUAAAAAUACACAAAUACGAAGUCGGACAACAGAUACUUAUAAAAAAACCACCAACAAUCAAAUGCAGAACACGGGAAAAUAAAGAAACUGUUCAACCUUUUCAACGGGCCGUACGAGGUAGUAAAAAUAAUAAGCCAGAAUACAUUAGUAAUACGAGACCCGACAACGGACAAACAACAGCUGACAAACAUCGCUGA